AUGUGGUUCUUAGAGCACGAGAGCCUUUUCGGAGGCAAGCGCGUCUGGCUCCGCCCUGGGUCACAGCAACUGUUUGGUCGAACAAAGUCCGAAGACAAAGACGGACCGCAAGGAACCAAUUGGAAGAUAGACAACAAGGCCGUCUCGCGCAAGCAUGUUAUGCUGAAGGUUUACGAUGCAGCACCAGAGGAUGGCACGAAGCUUCACAAGAGGUCGCAAAUUGAGGUGACCGACUUGAGUUGUAGGCAAGGAAUUACGAUCGACGAUAAGACAACUGUAAAGAGCCAGAAGGCAGCCGACGGGUCGAUAGAAUACAGUCGUGAGACUUUGAAGGGCACUGAGCAUACCAUCAGACUGGCUGCUAGCUAUGCGCCUUUCAGAAUUGUCUGGCGCCCAGUCGUCUUCACGUAUGCUUCAAAAGAGUCAAGAGAAAGCAAAAUCAAAAGCGCCCAGUUACACGCCCUGGACAUCAAGACCACAGCCGACUUCGUAUUCAACCAGACCACUCACGUCGUAUCCGCAAAACGGAACCUUCCCAAAGUCCUCUCGGGUCUCACCUCCGCCAAACAUAUUGUCACUACAGAAUAUCUCGAUGCGGUCCUCGGAGUCGCAGCGCCAUCGGUCGACGAAGACAACAAUUACCUGCCUUCGAAGCUGGAACAGGACUUUGACGCAUUUUGGCCAGCGGAGAAGGAAUACAUACCAGCAGCGGGCGCAGAACCGGUUGCGCGACCACGGGAGAUGCUGUUGCCUGAUUCGUCACGGUCAGAAACAUUUUCAGGCUUGACCUUUGUGUUUCUGAACGAAGGUCAAUACAGCAGUUUGCUGGAUCCUGUCACUGGUGGAGGCGGUAAAGCACUACUAUACGACAUACGAUUGGGCGAGACAACAAUAGAAGAGUACGUCGACUACGUUUACAGCGUAACAGGGAAGAAGCGGCGCGGCAAACCUGGUGAUAAGCUUCCCGUUAUAACAGUGCGCUUACCAGCGUACCCUGACGAGAUGGAAGAAUGGGCCACAAACUUUGUCAUUGGGGUCGAUCAGGCCCUCGGUCAGCGCUCAGUCUUGCAGAAUGAGUUUCUCGACGUAAUCAUCACGAAAGAUCGCACCACCAUACAAAGGCCGCCCGCAGAAGUGAAUACUCCUGCACCUGUACCAGAAACUAUGACAAUUCGACGUUCCAUGCGUCAACCAACACCAACGUCUGGAUCCAGAGCACCAUCGCAGGCUCCUGAAGAGAGCGCACCUCCGGCGGAAGAACCUGCAAAGACCGUUCCAAGGAAGCGCAUACACCGACCUAAAACGAGCCGCUUUACCGGUUUUGACGAUGACGACGAACCGCUUCCGAAGAAGAAGCUCAAGGUUGAGAGCACCCAUAUGGAACAUGUUCAGCAAUCUGAAUCGCCUCCAGGGCCAUCAAAGUCUGCCUCGCAAGCACGUACUACACUAGGCGCACAACGGGAAGCCUCUCCGCAAUUACAUGUACAAUCAACGAUUGAGAAAGAAGCGCAGAUGGAUACUCUGUUCCCUACCGCCGCUAGGAUGAGGAAGCAGAGAGCGGCUACCCGUGCACCAUCAGCAUCUCUCGAGCCAGAAGAAGGGGGCUCUGUGAAGAAACCAGCGAAAAGAGGCGCGGAGACUCUUGCGCGGCUCAACAGAGCAGAGAAGAAAGCCGAGAAAGACAUUGACAUCCGUGAGCAUACGCGUCAGCGCAUCAAAGAAGAAGAGGAACGUCGUAAGGCGGAUGAAGACAGUCUACGGGAAGCACUCGAGGGCAUCAAUAUCACCGAGCUGAAGAAUCUGGCCAAAGUGGAGGUGAUGGACGUUUUACCCCGACAAAACAGAAGUGCGGCACGCAACCAAAGUCAGACCAACAGUGUGCGCUGGAACGACGAAUGGAACGGUCGCAAAAACUUCAAGAAGUUCCGUCGCCGUGGUGCGGAACAAGGCGUCCAAAGCCAAAAAGUCCUCGUCACGCUUGAAGAAGCACCCUCCAAGAAGACACAUGGUAUCACCGAGGCCUUUUUCCUCGACGAUCCUGAACCCUCUGGUCGCUCACACCAUAGCCGACGCGGUCGUACUGCAGCACCCGACUCCGACUCGGAACCAGAAGUCGGUGGCUUCACUCGCAGAAAACGAACAACGCAGUCCCAGCCACAACAGGAAGUCAUCAACGUUGAGGACAGCGGCCCAGACGAUGAAGAAGAAGUUCUGGAACAGCGGACGCAGAGGAGUAGUGGGCGGACGCAAAGGGUUGUGGAGACGCAACUCGAAGGGACGCAAACGACACAAAGGGGAAAGAAGAGGAGUUCCGGGGCGACCGCAAGCAGCGGGCAGCCUGCUAGUAAGAAGGGGAGGUUUGCGAGGAGGGAUGAUGACAGCGACGAUGAGGAGACAGGGUUUAGAUUCAAGCGGAGGACCUAA